AUGGGGGCUGCACCAAGCCGCGAGACUAUCCGGCGAGGUUUCUUCAAUGUGAAUCAAGCGAACCCAUCGGCCGCCGGAGGCGGGAGCGGAGGCGGGGGUGGCGGCAGCAAGCGCCCCAGCAUCAUCCUCAUCCCUCUCACAAAGGAGUACUUUCCAAGUCCCGACUGCCCGCUAUUUGUGCAGUUCCACAAGGCGCGCUGCGAUGCCGCGGUCAACUACUACUUCCGACGCCCUGGAAACCCUGGUAACCUUAGCUGCAUUCCAAACUACGCGAGUUCCUACCGAUUACCCGGAGAGGAGACGCGCGCCCAGCGGCGCCGCCGUCGUCAACAGGAGCGCGAAGCACGUGCUGCCGCUGCUGCUAAGUCAGCUACCAAAGGCGGCGUAGGCGCCAGUCUGCCUGCUGUCGGACUGAUGCCGGAGGGGUGCUACAGCAGCAGCGAGGAUGACGACGACAACGAUGACUCGUACCCCUCACGUGAGGCCCUCUACCGCGGUGUCAUCGAGCACGUAGAAGAGAUGCUCUUCGACACGGACGCGGAGAUGCGGCACGCCUACGAGUGGGCGCUAGCGCACCCAAACACUACCAUGGGGCCUGACGGCAAGAAGCAGCGGAAGGUGCUGCCCGUCCUAUGCGCCGUGGCAUUCCGGUCAGACAUCAGCAAGGCGCUCAACCUGCAUAAUGUUGUCCCUAGCGGUGCUGCGGCGCGCACGUCGGCUCCUUCGUCCUCUGUUGCCCCGCCGACUUCCCCCUCUUCCGGAAGUAGCGCUUCCGCUCCCAUGAGCAACAUGCAGGCGGCACUAGAGAACGGCGUGUACAUGUUCGGCUCCAUCAUCAACGUUGUCGGCUGCUUCGGCUUUGUCUCCAUGCAGGAGGACGUGGAGGAUGCACGGCUGAUGUCGACGCAGGCCACGGCCAUGGCGAACCAGGCGACCAGCCUGCUCACCCCAGGCUCCAGGCAGUCGCCCUCACUGACAACGGGGGGCACGUACCAUAAUGACCCGUACUCGUUCACCAGCAGCCAGGCGAGCAGCGGAAGCAUGAAUGCGAUGUCGAAGAUGACCAGCAAUGGCACGCUUCUGAGAGCGCGCGGGGUCGGUAAGAACAGCAGCCGCUAUCUUGCUCGCAUCGGCACGUGCGAGGAUGUCAUGACGCUGCCGCCGCCGGUGGCUGCCCCGCUAGCGGCCAUGGUGUUUCUCACGAAGUCUGCCGGUGAGCAGAACCUUGGCCGUGUGACGUAUAUUGCCGCUAGCACCUACUACUACCAGAUGAUACAGGCGGGGGUGAUCGAGCGGCAGCCCAGUGUGCAGAUGGAGGGCCCCAUCACCUAUCCGAGCCAGACAACAGCUUCGGCAUCGUCUCUGCCCCUCUACAAUAGUGGAGCCAACAGUGCGGGUUCCGCCCCUGCAGCGGGUGCACCACCGCCGAUGUACGAAUUUGCCGCCGCCGCCUCAGCUGCUGGAACCUUGGCUUCGCCUGCCACGCCGCACCCGCUGUCCGUCGCCGCACAGGAACCGUUGCGGCCCUUCCUGCCGCCAAUGGAGACCUUCAGCUUCUCGAGCCUCCUCACCAACAUACCGAUUCUCUCGUUCCUGUACGAGAUGAAGUGGCGCUGGGGUUACCUCGGCGUGCUCAAGGGCGGUACCCCAACGGCUGACACGAGUCGCAACAGCAGCCUCAAUGGGUCCUUGUCGGGCCACCACAUGGACGGCAUGACGGCUCGCGGCCCAGGAACCAUGAUGGGCAACCACAGCACCGGCGGCUUGGCUGCCAUUGACCACAGCAUGGGCCAGGGCGUCACGGACGAGAUGGAGAUGUGGAUCACGGCGGAUCAGAUGAUCCAUGGCCGCAUCUCGAAGGACCUGGCUCAGCGUCUGUGCUGGUCCCUCGCGGAGCGGCCGGAGGUAAUGCAGGAGCGCGUGACGCAGCUGCCGAGCGAGGAGAGCGGGUACUGGCGGUACCGCGGCUUGGUGGAUCAGGCGCACCCUCCACCGAUUCCAGUGCCGGGCUGCGUGGUGACGAUUCACCCAAAAGACGUCUACGUCAUGGGCAGUGAUGUUUUGCCGGGCUUCAACGAGGGCGACAUCCUGCGCUUCGACCCAGGCAGCCUUGUGUGGUUUGCGGAUCACUCGAUUCCCCUUGAGGGUGUCGUGCUGGCGGCGAUGCGGCCAUACUGCAAGCAGGCGCGCGAGGCGGACUCUGACGACCCAGCUUGGGUGACCCGAGUGUGCGACCGUGACGAGGCCGAAGCUCUGCAGAGCCACGAGGGGGAUGUCUGGUACCCACUCCCGCGCGCGACUGCAGAGGAGCUGGCGGUGCUGGAGUCGUGCCCAAACACGGUGCACAUCCACGAGCACGUCGGAAACUUCUACGUCUACCGGUUUGAGCGAGAUGGGACUACGUACUACCACGGAACGGUGCCGAACUUUGCAAACCCGAACAAGAAGAAGCAAGCCGUCGCUGGUGGCUCACCCAGCGCCUCCAUAACAGGGAGCCACAGCAGCCACAACCCUCUGCCAUCCACUUCGGCGCUAGCCGCUUCUUCCUUGGCGUACUCGACGACACGACCGCAACCGAUUUUGUCUUCCUCGGCCACCGCUGCCGGCGCAAGCAAGUCGGUGAACGUGCCGGUGCCCAAGACAAUUGCAAGCGCCUUAUUCUCACUGCUGCCGGCGCCUCGUGCAACAGGGCCGAAGAGCAGCGCCGGGACUGUCGAUGCCAAUGGUGGUGCGGUGGCAAGAAGCGGAUCCGUGGAGCACGGCGGGCAUGCCUUUUCACAGACUGGCGCAGCGUCUGGCGCAGGCAACACACCGACAGCUCCAACGGCUACGUACCUUGCUACACCAGUGAUGUCAUCAGCGCCGUCGCAAGCGAUGAGCACCGCGCGGCGGUGGGUGCAGGCACUCUACAGCUACGCCUACGGUGCGCCGAACAUACAGACGAGGCUUCACCGUUUCAGCGCAGCGAACCCGGCCGGCGCCGCUGCAGGGCUGUCGCGCCCGCCAGUCAUGGGUGGAGUAGCAACGUCUGGCACUGCCGGAAUGAACUACAGUGGUGACAGUUACCCAUCGACACCAGUGCACGGCUCACACGGGAUGACGCCGACCUCGAUGGGCGCGUCUCUUAGCUUCCCCAGUGUAGCUGCCCUCAAUGUGGCGGUGUGGCCGCCGCAGAGGUGCAUGCCUUCCGUUACGACACAACUGCUGGACCCGAUGGCUGAUGCUAGUCUUUUCGCCACUCCUAACACUCCAACGCUUGCUGCCGGCAGCGGCCUAGCGGUGGCUCGGAACUCCCGCUCGCCCUCGCGAACACAGGUGCUGCAGACGGGUAGACCAGCCGCGGAGGAGGCCCCGCCAGCAGCGCUGCCCGGCAGCAUCGCAAGCACAACUGUUACCUCUCUCUCAAAGCCUGUCAAGCGCGUUGUGGAAGGUGGCAGCUACGAAUGGGACUGGCGAGUGUAA